AUGCCCUGGCGGCCGUUGCCUCGCAUUGCCUUUGCCGUCGCCAUCUACCCCUUCCAGCCCGCCGAGCCCGCGGACUUGCCCCUCGAGCUUGGCGACGAGCUCUAUAUUAUCGAACAGGGAGGCGUCGAUGGCGAGUGGUUUAGGGGAUACCUGGUUGCGCCCCCGUCGCUGCUCGCCGGCUUGACUUCGGGCGAAGGUCAGACUCUUGAGGCUCGCGUCUUCUCCGGCAUUUUCCCCCGCAACUGCGUCGAGAUCCGCGAGGUUCUAGGCGACAGCGAUAAUACUUCAAAGGCUUUACAGCAGCAGCAGCAGCAGCAACAGCAACAAAACUACAAUUAUACUAACCAGAAUCAUGUCAAUGGCGAUCGUCUUGCCAUUGAUGGAUCUUCCGCUGAUCAGCGCGCCAGUGGUGCCUAUUCCCAGGGUACGGCCGAUGAGGACUCCCACGAGGUGACCGACGUCGUCAUCGCGAAAAAGGGCAAACCCGCCCAGAUCUUCAUUCAUACCAGGCCCGAUGACGCCGAGCAACAGCAGCAGCUGCUGCUGCAGCAGCACCAACAGUCGUAUCAUACGCCCCUAUCCACUGCGACGGGCACGAUGGCGACAACAACCUCGGUCGCCCUCCCGCUGACCCCCAUCACCGUCUCGCCGCGCGACCCAGACGCGCCCAAACCCGCCGCCCCCGUGCCCAUGCUCAAGAUCGGUGACGAGUCGCCCACGUCGCUUGCCGAGCCCCUCGUCGAUGAGAUUGCCUCCUGUCUGCGCGAGUGGCACUCCACUAAACUGCACGAGCUGCUGCUGGGCCGCCAGUACGCCCGGCUCGAGGAGAUGACCAACCUCGUUCUCGAGCUCGAUCUCGCCCGCCGCCAGUUACUCCACGACGUCCUGACCUCCCAAGAGAAAGCCGCCCUGCGCGAUGAGGUCGUCUGGAAGCUCGUUCGCGGGAACAAGAUGCUCGGUGACGGCGUCAUCGUCCGCGACCCCCAGCAGAAUGGCCGCCUGCUCACCGGCGACGACUCCGCCCUCCUCCUCACCAAGCUCCAGUCCGAGAUGAGCAUGCUCGAUACCCAGCCCUCCGCCCAACUCGACGCCGCCAUCCUCCACCAUCUCCUGCUCGAGGUCAAUGCCGUCUCGGGUACCGCCCCGGGGCCCGUCACUCUGACCAUGCAAUUAUGCGCAUCCUCCCCUCUCACUGCCGCCGCUCAUUCCUCCACCUCCUCCUUCUCCUCGUCUUCCCCCCCAUUGAAACCCCUCUCCGAGCCCUACAUUCUUGACAUCCCCUCCCCCGACAAGUUCUCCAGCACCGGCCACAGCAGCAAGCUCAAGACCCUCUUCACCGAACUCGCCGCCACCGACAUAGGUGACGGCUCCCCCACCGGACCCCAGCUCUACCUGGUUGUCAAGGUGCAAGCCCCCGACGUUGUCGCCAUCAACACCCCAUCCAUACUACCGCGCACCUCCACCUCCCGCGAAAUAACUUCCCCCCCGGCUGCUGCCGCUGCCGCUGCUGCUGCUGCUGCCGCCGGCGGCAAGUCGCCUCCGCCACUCCAGUCGUCCGUCAAGGGGAGCCUCCGGACACGUCGCAGCAUGAUGUGGGCGCCCAAAUCUCGUGGUGCGACGGGUAGCGCCGACGGCAGUAUGACCAAUGCUAGAGAUUUCUCAUCCUCUUCGAGAGGGCCCCCCCUUUCGUCCGACAGUUCAACCAGCGCCACUGGCAGGGACGCCGUUGCUUCCAAAGACCCCAAACGCAUUCGGACGGUGGGCAUCGGUUUCUUGGAGAUCUCACAGCUCCUCAAGCAGGACAAAGAUGUCGAACAGGUUAUCAAUAUCUGGUCUCCGAGGGAAGACGGAAUAGGAUCGGUAGACGAUGGGGAAAGCCCCUCGGGCACAUUUGAGACGUUGCUUCACUCACUACUGCCCAGCACUACCGGCAGCUACAUGCGUUCUCGUCAGGCGGCGCGGAUCCAUCUCCACCUGCAUCCCUUUUCCAGCCCGGACGCGGAUACGCUGGUGCGCAAGAAUCCCACCAUCCUGCACAACGUCAUCCAGACCCGUCGCAUCGGCUUCUCCGAGGCGCCCACCAAGCCCCGGUCCGACAUCUACGUGACCCUCCACCAGGCCGUCUUCCCGCCUGAUGCGUUGCUGUCGCACCCUCAGGCGGGGCAACUCACGGUGCCCACCGCGUCGGGCUUGCAGCAUCUGCAGCUGACGCUGGAGGUCCGCAAUGCCUCGGGAAAUCGCAUCGAUCGGUGCAUCUGUCCCUCCUCAAACACCGCGACCCACACGGCAUGGCGCACGACGAUCGCCCGUCGGGGCACGCCCUGGCACCAGACCAUCUGUCUCAAGAUCCCCACCGACCAGAUCCCCGGCUGCCAUCUCAUCAUGAGCGUGGCCGACGCGCCGGAAUUCCCCUUUGCCCUCGCCUGGUUGCCUCUGUGGGACCAACGGGCCUUCAUCCGCGACGGGCCCCAUUCCCUCCUGCUGCACGCCUACGACAAACAUACCUCCAACAUCGAGCAGGGCGGCAAGGGCGCCUACCUCUCCCUCCCCUGGAGCGCCCUGGGGAAGAAUGAGUCCGCCAAGGACGAGGCCCUGACGGGCCCGCUGUCCACCCUGCGCCUCGAAACCCACCUCUGCAGCACCGAGUACUCCCAGGAUCAGAUCCUCCUGAGUCUGCUGAACUGGCGCGAGCGCCCCGUCGCCGAGGUGCUGGGGACGCUCCGGCGGGUGGUGUUUGUGCCCGAGAUUGAAAUCGUCACUCAGCUCCGUAGCGUCUUCGACGCGCUGUUCGGCAUCCUGGUCGAGAACGCCGGCAACGAGGAGUAUGAGGAUCUGGUCUUCAAUGACCUGGUCACCGUCUUGGGUAUCGUGCACGACCGCCGCUUCCACCUGGGCCCGCGCGUCGACCACUACGCCGACCAGCAGUUCAACUUCCCCUUCGCCACCCCGUGUCUCAUCCGCAGCUACCUCCGGCUGCUGCAGGCCACCACGCCGGACGCCCAACAGGCCCGCACCCUGCGUGCCGCCGUCAAGGUCGGACGCCAUCUGCUCAAGUUCAUCAUCAACGCCCGCGGCCAGCAGAAGGCCAAGGAGGAAGGCAUCGGCAUCACCAAGGUCCAGUCCACCUUCAACCGUGAUCUGCACACCAUCUUCAAGUCCUUCGAGGCCCUGAUGCGCAACCCGUCGCCCGCCAUGGUCGGCAGCAAGACCCUGGUCGUGCAACACUUUCACACCUGGCUGCCGCAGCUCGCCCAGGCCCUCGGCCGCGACGAGAUGAUCAUGAUCGCCCUCAGCUUCCUUGACGCCUGCAAGGACGUCAAGGGCAUGCUCGUCCUCUACAAGCUGGUCCUCAUCCAGAAUUACACCCAACUCGACCUGUUCGCCGCGGGACCGGAGGAGCGCCGCAGCCUGAUCACCAGCUGUAUCGGCUGGCUGGCUCCCUACUGGGGCGCCACGGGCACCGUCUCGGACCAGUACCGUGACCAGGUGCGCCUGUGCUGCGCCAUCAUCGCCCAACUGGUCCAGCAGCAGCCCACGGACCCGCAGCUCUACGCAUUCAUGCCGCGCAUCGUGGCCUCCUACAGCGCCAUCGUCCUCGAGGGCGUCGACGAGACAAGCUACCUCUCCCUGCUCUUCAGCCGCUCCUUUCCCUUCCAGGUCAAAGCCUCCCCGAGCGAGCAGCGCUUCGACGAGGCCCUCGUCGAGCUCUCGGCCCUCAUGGCGGCCAUCGCCAAGAUCCCGAACCCGCACCCGCCCCCGCUCAAGGAAGCCGAGCUGCAUACCUUCCUCACCCAGGCCCUCGAGGCCUACACAUCCAUCCUCAACUGUGAGCCGUACCCGGCCAGCUGGCUCAGCGUCCAUGUCUACCACCACCGCGCCACGGUCAAGAGCCUGGAGCACCUGCUCAGCGUCCUGGUGGACCGAUUCCUCCCGGCGCCGGAUGACGCCGACGCCUUCGACAUGAAGCUCUGGGAGUUGUUCUUCUCCACGCUGCUCAAGGUGGUGUCGAGCGAGGUCCUCGCCCUCGAGACGUUUCCGGAGCAGAAGCGCCGCGCCGUCUGGAAGAUCGCCGGCGAUGUGCGGGAGCAAGGCGCCGACCUGCUGCGCGCCAGCUGGGACGCCAUCGGCUGGGACACCACGGACGAGGAGCGCGACCGGUACGGCCUGCAGAAGCUCGGUGGCUACCAGGUGCAAUACGUUCCGGGCCUCGUCGCACCCGUGAUUGAGCUGUGCCUGAGCGUGCACGAGGGCUUGCGGCACGUUGCCGUCGAGGUGUUGCGCAGCAUGAUCCUCAGCGAAUGGGAUCUCAACCAGGACCUGUCCAUCGUCGAGACCGAGAUCAUCUCCAGUCUGGACGGCCUCUUCCAGGCCAAACACGUCAACGAGGGCGCGGCGCAGCAGCGGAUCUUCAUCCACGAGCUGCUGGAUCUCUUCGACGGCGUGGCCGAAUUUGACGAGGAUCUCGCCACGGCAGUCCGCACCCUGAUCGCCACGGUGGACGAGCUGCUAGAGCUCCUGGUCGCGUCGCAGAGCGGAUCCGUGACGCAGAGCCUGCAUACCCUCAAGCUCAUGGAGUACAUGAAGGACAUGGGCCGCGAGGAUAUCUUCAUCCGCUACGUGCACGAGCUCGCCCAGACCCAGGCGGCGGCGGGCAAUGCUACCGAGGCCGGCCUCGCGCUGCAGUUUCACGCCGACCUGUACAGCUGGGAUCCGCUGAAGCCCGUGGCCAGCCUGCCCAGCCCGGCGUACCCGGAGCAGACGUCCUUUGACCGCAAGGAGGCUCUGUACUUUGAGAUCAUCCAAUACCUGGAGGACGGGCGGGCAUGGGCUCUCGCCCUGGCCUGCUACCGCGAGCUGGCCGAGCAGUACGAGCAGACGAUCAUGGAUUUUUCCAAGCUGGCCCGCGCCCAGAGCUCCAUGGCCCGCAUCCACGAGUCCAUCGCCCGCGAGGACAAGCAGUUCCCCCGCUACUACCGCGUCGUCUACCGCGGCCUAGGUUUUUCGCCCACGCUGCGCGACAAGGAAUUCAUUGUCGAGGGUGCCCCCGCGGAGCGCAUGGCCUCGUUCGUCGACCGCAUGCAACGCGAACACCCGACCGCCCAGAUCCUCACCCCCGGCGAGACGCAGGAUCUCGAGGGCCAGUUCCUGCAGAUCAGCGCCGUGAGUGUCCACCGCGACCUUCACCACCCGGUGUACCAGCGCUCCCGCGUGCCCGCGUCGGUCCGUGACCACCUGCUCGUCUCGGCACCCGUCCGGUUCGCCGUCACGUCCAAGCGACACACGAGCGGCAUGGACGUGCAAAAGCACUGGGUCGAGAAGACCGUCUUCACCACCGCCGAGCCUUUCCCCAAUAUCUUGCGUCGCAGCGAGAUCAUCGCCGCUGACGAGCUUCGGCUGCCGCCGCUGCAGACCGCCAUCGAACGCACCUGGCGCAAGACGCAGGAGCUUGCCAUCCUCGAGAAGCGGGCCGCCUCAGGCGAGGACCCGAGCAUGUGCUCCUUGAUGGAUGCCCUGCAGCAGUUGUUGGACCUAACCUCCUCAUCGCCCAGCUGCGUGGCGCUCUACCGCCAGUUCUUGCCGAAGAAUCCCUUGGGCGGCGUACUCGAGGAGAUCCACGAAGCGGAAGAUGACGAUGCUGCCGACGAAGAAGAAGAAGAAGAAGAAGAAGAAGAAGAAGAAGAAGAAGAAGAAGAAGCAACCAAGCCCAUGGACCCGAUGGAGAACGCUCUGGCUGCCGCGCUCAUCGAUCACGCCCUAGAGAUUCGUCGGGCCCUGGCCCUGCUUCACCGGCCCGCCCAUCAGGCCACCCAGGCGGAGCUCCUGCGGCGCUUCGAGGAAGCCUUUGCCCCGGAGCUGUCCCGCAGCGGCAAUAAUACUAGAAGACACCCGUCUGAUGCUCGGCAACGGACGAUCAGCCCGGAACACCAGCAGCAGCAGCAGCAGCAACCCCGAGUCGACCUUAAGCAUUCACAAAAACAAUCUGUGGGCAGUCGCAUCAGCAUCAUCAACCCGUUUAAGCGGUCGAACCACACGCACGCGAGCUCGAUGAUGCCUAAUGGGGAUACGUCCGCCGCCGCCGCCGAUCGCGAUGACGAGACAGCGACGAUCCACAGCCGGACGACCAGCCGGUCGCGCGGCGGCCGUAGCGAUACGCACCAGAAACGCCGGAGUUGGUUCGGUGGCAGCGGCGACAAGACCCAUCAUAAAUAUGGCUCGUCAGUGUCUAUCACGGCCGGGGGGGAAGACCAUCAUCCUACUCGGCCCGUGGGGACGUCGUCGUCUCGAGAGGUAUCGAGCGACAGUCGUGGUCCGAGUGGCCCCGAACAUGGCAAACAACAACACCAACACGGACGCUGGUCGACAAUCCCGCCGCCGCAAGAGUACGGCCGGCCGGCGACGGCGCGCAGCACGGCGACGGCGUCGAUCAAGGGGCCCCUGACGACAAACAUCUCGACUGCACAGUCGAUGCCUGUGGCGUCGUCGAGCUCGAGCGGCGUGCGAGAUACCGUGCUCAAGCGACUCAGUCUGCUCAAGGGGGUGGGCCGGAAGGGAAGCCGGCAUGACUUUAACAAGACGGGGAAUAUCUCCGGCAUGACUCUUCGCGAGGAGUGA